CAUGAUUUGUGCCCAUGGGGAGACCCUUUUACUUUUCCACCCUUCCUUAAAAUUAAUACUACGACUCUUUCCAUAAUUCCAUUUUCCACCCGAAAAUUGAAAUUAAUAUUUUCCAAUAGGAAGGAAAUAUUCGUACAUCGCCCCUCAUCCCUUCCGCUCUGUGCAUUCAUUCAUCUCCCCUGCAGUUACUCUUCGGCCUACCGCUUCACGAGCUCACACGGCGUUAUCUGUUUCGACUCUGUGAAACGUUGGACUGAGGGUCAAUAUGCUCAUUUAUAGAUUGGCUCUGGUCAGCAUAAACGGCCAUCUUAGUUUGUAGUUUUCACAAUAGUUCUGAUAUAUGUGAGAUUUGAUACUAAAGCCUAAAAGUUGGAAUGCUGGGAAAAGAAGACACUUCCUGUCCUGAAGGAGAAGGUGAUAGUGGGAGUAGUGAUUUGAGGGGGCCAUGCCAAAUCUCAAGUGGCCGAAGAAUGUAUUGGCGGUCAGCUUCAUGGUCCUCUUCAAGGACUUCAUUGCCUCCACUGAACCCGGACAUUGACAAAGACAGUUUAGAUCCAAAUGGCAAUAGUAGCGCGCAUAGUCUGGGGCCAUUAACCCCUAGGUCAUCUCAACAUAAUUUUAAAGGAAGAUCAUGUCUUCCACCUCUGGCAAUUGCUCGUAGGAGUCUAGAUGAGUGGCCGAGAGCAGGGUCUGAUGACAUCGGGGAGUGGCCGCUUCCUUGUACUCCUAGUGGGAGGGAUUCAAGCAACAACUGCGAGAGGCUCAAGCUUGAUCUUUCAAAUAUACCUAAACAUACAGAGAAAAAUGGAGGUCUUGUUAAAAGAGAAAAGAUUGCUUUUUUUGACAAGGAGUGCUCAAAGGUCGCUGAUCACAUCUAUCUUGGUGGGGAUGCGGUUGCCAAGGACAGGGAAAUUCUUAAAAAGAAUGGAAUCACCCAUAUUCUUAACUGUGUAGGCUUUGUUUGCCCUGAGUAUUUCAAGUCCGAUUUUGCUUACAGGACUUUGUGGUUGCAGGAUAGCCCAUCAGAGGAUAUUACUAGCAUUCUCUAUGACGUGUUUGACUACUUUGAGGAUGUUAGGGAACAAAAUGGUAGGGUUUUCGUUCAUUGUUGCCAGGGGGUUUCUAGGUCUACGUCGUUGGUGAUUGCUUAUCGUAUGUGGAGAGAAGGACAAAGUUUUGAUGAUGCCUUUCAGUAUGUGAAGGCAGCCAGGGGGAUCGCUGAUCCAAAUAUGGGCUUUGCUUGCCAAUUACUGCAGUGCCAGAAAAGGGUGCAUGCUUUUCCUUUGAGCCCCAGCUCAUUACUAAGAAUGUAUAGAAUUGCGCCACAUUCACCAUAUGAUCCAUUACAUCUUGUCCCGAAAAUGUUAAAUGAUCCAUCUCCAUCGGCUUUGGAUUCCAGAGGUGCAUUUAUAAUACACAUGCCUUCUGCAAUAUAUGUUUGGAUUGGCAAGAAAUGUGAAGCAAUCAUGGAAAGAGAUGCCAGAAGUUCUGUUUGCCAAAUCGCUCGCUAUGAGAAAGUGCAGGGACCAAUAGGAAUGAUAUGUGAGGGAGAGGAGCCUUCUUACUUCUGGGAUGCUUUUUCCAAUCUGAUGCCAUUAAUGGACAAAUCUAACAAAGGGGUUGAUGGUGGUGGGUCGUUGAUAAAAGUAUGUCCAGGAAGACGGAUUGUGGACACAUAUGAUAUUGACUUUGAAAUUUUUCACAAGGCUAUUGUUGGUGGGUUUGCACCUCCUUGUGCUUCAUCUGAGACUGAACAUGAGACCAGCCUGCCUGUCAGGGAAAGCUCAUGGAGUGUGUUGAGGCGUAAGUUUGUUUCUGGUAACAUGAAGGAUUUCAUAUCUGCUUCAAAACAGGGCCUCUUGAAAGUCUACCCUGAUUCCAUGUGUAUAGUAGCUGAUAAUUCAGCAUCUAAACAGUUGCAUUCUUCUUUUCUAUCCUCAUCAUCAACUUCUUCACCUUCUCCACCAUCAGUUUCCUUAUCUUUAUCAUCAUCGUUUUCUUCUUCAUCAUCCUCAUCGUCGACCUCAUCACCACCUUAUCUUUCCCCAGAUUCAUUCUCUUCUGAUUCGAGCAUUAGUUCUUCACGAUGUUCUGAUUCACCUGCAGUAUCUUCUCCAGUUGCCCCCUGUGCAGAUUUUGCAUCUUCACCUCUAUCUAGAUUUUCUGAUAUGUCCCUUCUUCCAUCGAAGAUUUCUCCAAAGUCAAUAUCUAGAACUACAAUGUAUAUUGAUGUGAAUUUUACUCCACGUUCUUCACAAUCAACUUCUACGCAAUCUAGAAAGCUCCCGCUCUCUAUUGCUGAAAGGAGAGGCUCUUCAAAGUGCUUGAAGCUACCCGCGUUGACUGAUGACUCUCUGGGGAAAGAUACCCUUCCAAGUAUUUAUUUCAGCACACAAGAUGGCAUUGGUGUGACAUAUGAACCCAGCUUAGGAAAUGAGUCACUUAGGACGGAAGGCAUUUUAGAGCCUCAUAGAGGGGCAAACGCAAGUAAAGAAGCUGACUCACUUAGGAUUUCAGAUAUUGUAGUAAAAAAUGAUUCUCUCUUUGAAGAUGUUAUAUCCAGCACCCGUAAUAAGAGGGAAAAACAUGCUUCUGGAGAAAAUCAUGUGCUAAUCUUUAAUGGACUGUCUGAUAGUCAUCAAAAUAACCUUUUGCAACCUUUAGUAUUUCAGUGGCCCAACUUGGAAAAGGUUGAACAUUUGAGUGCCGAUGAUUUAGACUCCAGUUCUGUAUAUAUUUUUGUUACAUCUAGACCACAAUUUAAAAAUGUCGAGGAUAGGAUUUUAUAUUUUUGGGUAGGAAGCUCAUUCAGAUGCAAGUCCAGUAAAAAAUUCUCCGGGAACUGGCAAAGGCUAUGUGACUCAGAAGAAAUUGAAUGGGGAAAAGUUACUUCUGAUGCCCUUCACCGAAUGGGACUACCAUUGGAUACUGACAUCAAGAUUGUCAAAGAAAAUGAAGAACCGGAGGAGUUGCUAUCUUUAUUGAAUUAUUACAAGUAAUGAUAACAUGAUAUGCGGAUAAGAGGCAUACAAUAAUUCCAGUAGAACACACCUCUUGCAAACCUUUUUGAGCAUCCACGAGACCACGAUGCAAUUGUGCCAUCCUUGGGAAUGACAUUAGAGAAUAUUAAAAGGAGCUGCGUUUAAGGUUGCCAGAGGUGUGGUUUGACUAAUGGAUGUACAGUGCCGCAACCCAAUGAGACCUGGGGGAGUUUGCCCCCCUGACUCAAUCUGGGUGUACAAUUUGGAUGACUAAGAAAUAGAUUACUAUUAUUAUUAUUUGCUAUUUUUUUUAUAAAGACAUGUAGAUUCUCAAGUAAAAUAGCCUCAAUUGCAAUUUCCAUUCUUGACUACAAUUGAAUUGUACAUUUUCAUAUCCUAAUUAUAUAAAGGCCUCAUACUCGGACAGCUACAGCGUUUAAAUCCAAAGCUUUGGUUUUCAUAGCUUAGCAAGCGUACCUUGAACUCUGAACCUUCUGUAUAUGCCAAUUGCCAAGUCGUUUUAGGGGCUGUUUACUUU